GUAUAUAUAGGAGGAUCGGCUCAGAUCUGACUGCAAGGCAAGAGCAGACAGCAGUCAAGAAAGCUGCCUCCUGAGCUCUAAAGAGAUCCACUGGAAUUUACUGCUGAGCUCCAAGCUUUGUGCAUCUCCUGAACAGACAGAUCGGAGGUGUUCUUCUGAGUUCUGCACUGGAUUUUUCUGAAGAUUUGUGGAACAAUAAUUUAAAGGAAUCGUUUUUUUGUUGUUGUUCGAAGGACUUUGGUUACUUUUGUUGGAUUCCAGCGCUGCGUAAUGUGGUUUUUACGCGUCUCCAUCGUGGCGCUGUGCGUCGGCGCGGCGCGCUGCACCUGGGAGGAGAGCACGGUGGUGCCGGUCCGGCUGGAGCCGGACCACAGUGAACCGUGGCGGACUCUGACUGCAGAGGAGGAGCAGAAAGUGGGGGAGAUGAGGGUCUACCAGCUGGACGCGUUUGGGAAACAGCUGAUUUUGCGGCUCGAACCUGACCAAACCUUCCUGGCGCCGGGGUUCGUGUUCCAUGUUGUGGGGAGUCCGGAGUCCGUGCCGGGGCCCGACAGCGGGUCGGAACCGGGCUGCUUUUUCUCCGGCACCGUGAACGGAGAGGCGCGCUCCGCCGCCGCGCUCAACCUGUGCAGCGGGCUGAGCGGCGGCUUCUACUUUGAAGGGGACGAAUACUUCAUUCAGCCCCUCAACUCCAGCAAGUUGGACCGGGUCCACUCGAUUCGGCGCAGAAGCCGGGCGGCUCACGGGGAAGAGGAGGGCAGCUCCAAGUGCGGGGUCAACGAGGACGAGGAGAGAAUGCCAAAGAAUCUGGGAGCGGAGGCCAGUCACGGAGCCCCUAACGCAGACCAGACAGAUCACCACAGAUCCAGGCGAUUCGUCUCCACCCCUCGCUACCUGGAGAUCCUGCUGGUGGCGGAUCAGUCCAUGGCCGAGUUCCAUGGCGCGGGGCUCAAACCCUACCUCCUAACCAUCAUGGCCGUGGCGUCCCGCCUCUACCGUCACCCGGGCAUCCAUAACUCCAUCAGCCUGGCGGUGGUGAAGCUUCUGGUGGUGUAUGAGGAGGAAAAGGGCCCUCAGGUGUCCUCCAACGCAGCCAUGACCCUCCGCAACUUCUGCCAGUGGCAGCGGCAGCACAACCCCACCAGCGACCGCCACCCGGAGCACUACGACACAGCCGUGUUGUUCACCAGGCUGGAUCUGUGUGGUGCCAAAAACUGUGACACUCUGGGCAUGGCGGAUGUCGGCACAGUGUGCGACCCUGAACGAAGCUGCUCAAUAAUCGAAGAUGAUGGACUGCAAGCUGCUUUUACAGUAGCACACGAGCUGGGUCACGUCUUCAACAUGCCGCAUGACGAUGCCCAGCUCUGCUCCGGAGUGAACGGGCCUCACUGGGGUUCCCACAUGAUGGCCUCCACCCUGUCCAACCUGGACCAGCAGCAGCCGUGGUCUCCCUGCUCGGCCCUCAUGAUCACCAGCUUCCUGGACAACGGCUACGGUCAGUGCCUGCUGGACAAGCCGGCCAAGCCACAGCCACUGCCACAGCCUCUCCCGGGAACGGUCUACGAUGUGAACCACCAGUGCCGCCUCAUCUUUGGUGAAGAAUCCGUUAACUGCCCAGAGCAAACCAGCACUUGUGCAGCUCUGUGGUGCACGGUGACUUUACCCAAUGGUUUGGUGGUGUGCCAGACCAAGAACUUCCCCUGGGCCGAUGGAACGUCAUGCGGGCCUGAGAGCUACUGUCUGGCUGGACAGUGUCUCACAAAGACCCAGGCCGCCAAACAUCAGACUCCAGUCAAUGGUGGUUGGGGCUUAUGGGGACCCUGGGGUGACUGCUCUCGGACUUGUGGCGGAGGAGUUCAGUAUUCCUUUCGCUCCUGUGACAACCCUCUACCCAAAAAUGGGGGCAAAUUCUGCGAGGGCAAGAGAAUUCAGUAUCGCUCAUGCAACACGGAGACCUGCCCAGACACCAAUGGUUUGUCGUUCCGUGAAGAGCAGUGUCUUGCACACAACGACAUGUCCGCUCAGGUGUCGCUGGGUUCAGGGGAAGGUGUCGAAUGGGUGCCCAAGUAUGCCGGAGUUUCACCAAAAGACCGCUGCAAGUUGGUGUGCCGGGCCAAGGGAACCGGAUACUUCUUUGUUCUCAAAUCUAAGGUGGCUGAUGGGACACCCUGCAGCCCCGACUCCACCUCAGUAUGUGUGCAAGGCCAGUGCGUCAAGGCUGGAUGUGACCGCAUCAUCGGCUCUAACAGACGCUUUGAUAAGUGCGGCGUUUGUGGUGGAGAUGGAUCAACCUGCAAGAAAGUGUCUGGCUCCCUCGACCGUGCAAGGCCUGGUUAUCAGGAUAUUGUAACCGUUCCUGCUGGUGCAACUCACCUUGAUGUCAAACAACGUGCUCCAGGGAACGGUCGCAAUGAUAACAGCUACUUGGCGGUGCGCCGUCAGGACGGCACAUAUCUCUUGAACGGCGAUUACAAACUGAUGACCAUGGAGACGGACAUUGCUAUGAGAGGGGCUCUGUUGAGGUACAGUGGCUCUUCUGCCACCUUGGAGCGCCUCCGCAGCUUUGCGCCGCUCCCUGAGCCUCUUACCAUCCAGGUGCUGUCAGUGGGGGAAGCCCCAAGACCUCGCGUGAAGUACAGCUACUUUGCUCCAAGACCCAACAGCGGAGCUUCAGCCUCCAACAACAACGGGGCCCGCCGGCAAUCAAUCAACGCCAUCCGGGAUGUCGGUGGAGCUGAGUGGACGCUGAGGGAGUGGGGUCCGUGUUCACAGACCUGCGGAGGCGGUCUCCAACAAAGAGAGGUUGUGUGUUUGGACCCACAGGGGCAUCCAUCCUUGGAUUGCCCCGAAGAGCUCCGUCCUCUCGCCUCGCGGUCCUGCGCCUCGCAAGAAUGUCCAGCCUGGCUGCUGGGGGAGUGGUCGGCGUGCUCCAAGACCUGCGGCCGGGGAUUCCGCAAGCGUCAGUUGAGCUGCAUCGGGCACGAUGGCCGCACGUUAACCAAAGACAGCUGUGACUCGAAGAACCAGCCACGGCCCCUCCUGGAACUGUGCAAUCAGACCGCCUGCUAAGGACCGCGUCCACGAGCUGACCUCUCAACUUCCUGAGAAAAAGUCCCGCCGUCGGUGCCUUCCUUUUCCCACAGACACUCUAAAAGGGCUAAUGAAUGUUUACAUGAACAACGAGAAGGCUUCCGAUGACUGUACAACAGCGGCGUUGCCUCCUGUUUGCAGCGACACAAACAGCUUUAUACCUGGCGGCAGAGGCACAUGAGAGGAACAACCAGCACACAGGCAUUCCUGAGUUUCCUAAAACAGCAUGCGGCGCUCCAUGCUGUUGUCAUGCCUACGUGUGAGUGACCGUGUGAGUGUUGUAUUUUUGUCCAAGCUGGGCUGGACAGACCAAGGACAUCUGGGGUGUGGGAGUUCACGUCAAUGAGCAUAAAAAGUAACAGAAUAGCCUUUAUUCUUAACCCAUCAGGUAUGGAAAAUAUACAGCGUUUAAAUUCACCUUUAUUUAUCGCAAACAUGAAGCACUUCCUCUUUGUCUUUUCUUUUUUUUUUUGUAUUUUUUAAACCAGCGGCACAUCGUCAUCAAACAGUUUUGCAAAUUGCCUCAUUACUUUCUACUAGCCAUAUCUUGCCCUCAUCGACUCAUCCUGCUGUGAGGGAACCUUUGUGAGACCAAAGAGGAGUGUGUAUGCUUGUCUGUGUGCAUGAGUGUGUGUGUUAAGACCUAAAGAGGGACUUGUCUCCUGCAACUACUUCAUAAGUAAGUCUCUCCUGCCUUCUGCGAAGGCUUGUUUUCACUUGUUCUCUUUCCGUUUUGUACAGAAUAUUCAGACUUUAUUUAUUUUUGUACAGCCUGGUAAAUAUAAUCGUGUUGCUUUUCUAAAAUAAGAAGUUAUUUUUUAUUUGUUAUUGAGAUUACAGAAGGAAGUAGAAUAUUCAGAGUAUUUAUACAGUGUUAUAUAUAUAAGGUCCUAGGUUCAUGAAUAAAGCAUUGCAUUGACUUGUACA